AUGGCUGGAACAGAAGUUGAAAUUACAGAUAAUAAUAGUAUAGUAACUAUAAUUGAAUUUAGUAGAAAAUUUAAAUUUGCAAUAGUCACAAGUUUCAAUAUGGGUUUUAAUAUAUUUAAAUUUCUUCAUAGAAAUCCAAGGACUCACGAACAUUUACAAAUAAUAUCCGGUGGUUAUUACAAAAUACAAUUUUGUCAAUACCAUAGAUGUUCCGAGUUAAGUUUAUCAUCAACAAGUAAAACUAAAUUUACAAUAAACUCACAUCUUUUGUUAUUUAUAGAUAUGGAUAUUUGUUCUCCAGGUUUCUUUGAAAUAUUACGCUGUGACACCAAAUUAAAUAAUCUAACCAACAUCGAAAAUGGAUGCCAAGAAUAUAUUUCUGGCCCUAAUAUUACCGAGGGUGCUGAUGAUAACUACUGCUGUUAUACCUUUAAAGCUAACAAAGCUAUAGAGUAUACACAUGAAAAGCCAGAUGGCUUGAACAAGUUGAAAUUUUAUUACAAUAUUAAUGCAACGGAUGCUGAAAAAGAAAAACUUGGUGUAGCUUUAAUUCAAAUAAGAGUUUUUUCGCCUGACUUGUUGGAUGUCAGUGAGAUGGACAAAGCUGUUCAUUCACGUAUCGAUCUUCAAUGGAAUUUUAUGCCAGGAAUAAUAGGCUAUAUCAAGUUCAAGACAAGUAUAUAUAAAAGUAUACCACCUCGGGAUGCUUCUGCCAUUAUUGGAUUUGAGCCCAACUAUGCAACUACUCCGAGAAUUGAUUGCACAAUCAGUCAAUUUCCCUUUAACCAGAAUCCAUCAUCUGUACCAAAUGGAACCAAUGGUUAUUUUUCAGUUGCUGCUGGGGAUUUUGUACAGGAAGAAAUUUCUGAAAGGCGCACAAGUACUAUUCUAAGUAGCAUUGCAUCAGCUGGUGGUGCCUUCGGUCUUAUCGGAGGCUUCCUUGUGUGGUUGUAUGGAUCCAGCAGUUUUGAUGAGUGGGGGGUUGCAAGAAGAAUGUUAAAUGAUCCACGGUAUUGGGUAAAGAAAUUGAAAAGGAGUUAUAAAAGUUUGAACUUUCUUCAAACUCCUUCAGAAACAUUGACAGCUAACGAUAAUGAGCAUG